UAAAAAAUUAUAAAAAGCAUCGGCUUGUCCGAAUGUCUGCUUUCCUCUGCUCCCGGAUUUCCGAUUCCCCUUCUCUCUCCUCCAUGGGCGAUAAUGCCGAAACCCCAACCCUAGCGGAGGACCGAUCGCCACCGCCACCGCCACCGCCACCGCUGCCGGCGUCGCGGCCGCGGUCGCGGUCGCCGUCGCCGUCGCGAGUGCCGCUCCUCCAGCCGGAGGAGACGCUCCUCGGCUGCGGUCUCCACCGCCUCCGGUCUUUCCUGGCCGUCGUCGGAUUUUACCAUCACUCCUCCCUGCUGGCCCUUGUCGUCUCCGGCUUCGCCUUCGCCCUUUUCGGCAUUGCCGGCCCCGUCGCCUCGAUCUGCCUCUCCCGCUGCUCCGACGGGAGCUGCGAGGAGUACCAGGUCGAGCGGUUCGAGAUAUGCGUCUUUGUGUCCGACGUGUCUGUGGCCGCCGUCUCCCUCAUUUGUAUCUCCAGGAAUCUGUCCAAGUAUGGCAUACGGAGGUUUCUCUUCGUGGAUCAGCAUCACGGCCGGGCCGAGAGGUUCCAGAUACAGUACUUCCACAAGAUCCAGGAUUUUUUUUGUCUGCUCCUUUGGUGGAUACUGCCAUGCCUUCUCGUGAAGACUGCCCGUGAAAUCUUUCGCUUUCUAUACAUCUUCCAUGAGUCAAUAUGGAAAUCCAUUGUGGUUUUGUUAGCUUCAAUCAUCUCAUGGACGUAUUUGAUCAUAAUUCUUUUAUCUGCUUGUCUUUUGUUCAAUUUGGUUUGCAAUUUACAAAUUAUUCACUUUGAGGACUUUAGUAAACUCUUCGAAAGAGAUGUGGAUCCUUUAGUAUAUUUGGAAGAACACGUACACCUUCAUUAUAAUCUCUCCAAGAUCAGCCAUAGAUUCCGCAUAUUUCUUCUAUUACUCUUCGUCUUUGUCACGGCAAGUCAGGUUCUGAUUCUUUUUCAGACAACAGGAUCUGGUGGGAAAGUCAAUUUCACUAAUGCUGGGGGAUUAGCUGCAUCUUCAGUUGUUCAGGUUGUUGGUGUGGUCCUUUCUUUACAUGCAGCUGCUAAAAUUUCACAUCGGGCUCAAGGCAUUGCAUCAGUAGCCAGUAAAUGGCAUGCAUUGACAACAUGCAUUUCCUGUGAUUCUUCUCAAACGAGAACUACAAACAGUUCUGCUAAUUUGGAGGUCAUUCCAGCAAAUUUAUCAUUGGCAGUUUAUUCAGAAAGCGAUUUGGAGUCAUUAGACAGUGCUGCGGUUCAAAACAAUUCUCAGUUGGUUUCUUACAUGUCCUCGUACCACAAUAGGCAAGCCCUUGUUAUGUAUUUGCAAUCCAACCCUGGCGGACUCACCAUUUAUGGAUGGACGGUUGACCGUGGAUUGAUGAGUACAAUCUUCUUGCUUGAGCUGACGUUGGUUUUAUUUGUGCUCAGCAAAACCAUCGUUUUUCCUGCCAAGUGAUUUUUGACCAUUGACAAGUUUCAUCAUACUAUUGAUGCUAGCUAUCAAUUCACAUAUACAUUUUCAGAAAGAAGAACCAUGAGAGAGAGGAUAUACAUCACACCUUCUGGAGGGGACUUAUGUUGCAGGCUGAAACAGUCAUAACAGCAAGCACAAGGCCAACUGGUUCUGUUUUUGGUUAUAAGAGAAUUGUUCACUUGCAGUCUUGCAUAAAAAGUUUCACAGCUCAUGUAUACUCCUAUCGCAUGCCUCCCUGACAACCCCUACCAUAUGAAGUACCGGUGGCCGCUGUGAGUAGUAAUCGUACCAGCUGUGCAGCAUUUUUACGCGAAAUUUGUGUUACACUAGCACUUCUUGUGUAAUAGUCUAGCUGUGGGGUAUGUCUACAACCAUAAUGCUCAGUACAGGAACAGAGUAUUUUUGGCAGCCAUAGACUUGUAAUUCAGGCCUCUUCCUCAUGUGCAUGCAUGCAAAACCGCUGGUCCAUUCUGUAAAUACAUGAUUUGUAGACCAAUUAACACUCCUUAAAAUUCAUGAAAAAAGUACUCAAUUGUCUUUG